AUGCCCCUCUUCGGGAACACGUUCCGCCCCAAGAAAACCCCUCCGAGGAAAUGCGCCUCUCUCUCCAGCCUGUACUUUACGGACAGAUCGAACCGUGAGACUGAGCUGGGCCUGGAGUACGGCACCCCCACUGUGAACCUCUCUGGCCACAGCCUCAAGUUUGAAAAUGGCCAGUGGGUGGCAGAAUCAGGAAGCUUCGCUGGGGAUAACAGGGAAAUGCAGCGCUUACACAAACGAAACCAGCAGCUACAGGAAGAAAACAACCUCCUUCGGCUGAAGGUGGAAAUUCUGCUGGACAUGCUCUCCGAGACCACAGCUGAGUCCCACCUGAUGGAGAAGGAGCUGGAGGAAUUGAAGAACCACAGCUGUAGAAAAAAAUGA